UAACUCUCUUAUUAUGUUUCCUAUAAAUCAGUUUGAAGAUAAGCAGAUCAACAUUAACAAGAUCAAAAAGGAGACAGAGAUUGUGUAUUUAUCCCUGAUUAUUUCAAAGUCUCAUAUCUGCCUAAAACAGUAGCAUGUUGUCCCGUGAGAAAAAGAGAACUACUGUAAGUUAGCGUGUCUAGUGAUAAGAUAAUGUUAAUCUCAUAACAGAUUGUAAAUACUAAGACUGACAGGGGGAGUGGGAGACAUGGGGAGGGAAAGUAGAGGUGUGAAACUAAACGUAAGGGAGCAAAAGUAAAGAGAAGGCAGAAGCACUGAAAGACACACAAACGCAAACAGACAAGCAUUAUCUCCAUGUUACAGUGCUGUGAACACCAGCUCAUGCAGGAAUCUGGAGUUUCUACUUUGCAAUUCACCUGCAGAAUGAAUGAACCUGAGCUGAUAUCUGAGCAGUGGCCAUAGAUGUUAAUAUUGUGGAAGUUUUCUAGCACCCAAUAUCAUUGUUGGUGAAAAACAGAUGUGGAGUCCUGACUUAAUUACUUUGGAUAUCACUGUGACAUAGGAGGACACAAAUCUGCAAGCUUUCCUGUUUCAGAAGCUAACACGAUGUUCACGGCCCUGCGCUUGGUAGUAUUGGUGGUCUUCAUCGUGCUGACCAUUUGUGGAAACAUGCUGGUUUGUCUGGCUGUGGCCACGAGUCGGCGUCUGCACCAGAUUAGUAGCUGUUUUAUACUCUCACUGGCCGUGACAGACUUGCUGCUGGGUAUGCUGGUACUUCCACUUUCUGCCAUGCUGGAAUUACGCAAUGGGAGAUGGCCCCUCGGGGGUGUUUUUUGCAAUAUCUACAUCUCUCUGGAUGUGAUGCUCUGCAGUGCUUCAAUCCUCAACCUACUAGCCAUUAGUGUUGAUCGUUACCUUGCCAUUUCAAACCCUCUCUGCUAUCCCAGGAAGGUCACACCUCGUCGUGUGGCGGUCACUCUGACUGCAAUUUGGACGUGCUCUCUGGCUGUGUCCUUUUUGUCCAUUAACCUAGGCUGGAACACUCCUGACUUCACAGUGCAGAACCUGGGCUGGGACAUGUGGGAUGAAGGAGAGGAAAGCAGGACCUGCCGCUAUGAAUGGAAUAAUAAUUAUGUGUUGCUGAAAGCCUCUCUAAUCUUCUACCUCCCCCUGCUGGUCAUGUGUGGAAUGUAUCAUCGCAUUUUCUGUGUUGCACGUGAACAGGUGCGGCGUAUACGAGCAACUACUCCUUCCUUUGUGCAGUCUGCAAACGCAGUUGCCAUUGCUCGGGAACACAAAGCCACAGUGACCCUGGCCGCAGUGCUUGGUGCCUUUGUCAUUUGCUGGUUCCCCUAUUUCACCUACUUCACGUACAUGGGUAUGUGGGCAGAGGUCCACCCAAACAAACUGACCCACUCUAUCGUUCUUUGGUUGGGAUACCUCAACUCUGCAUUGAACCCCAUUCUUUACCCAGCCUUAAACAGGGAUUUCCGUCGGGCAUGCGGACAGCUGCUUUGCUGUAGACGCAGCAAUCAGGGGCAACUGCCAUUUGUUCACCCCUUUUAAAUGAACAGAUUCAUAUCUUCUGACACCAGUGAUUAAAAACACAAAGCUCCUGUAGCCCACCAUGGUCACCUGCAUGUCCAGUUGUCCAAUGUUUGCUAGGCCUGUGCUUUCAGUACCUUCCCGUCCUGUGGCUCCCGCACCAGAGCCAGCUCACAACAUGGCCACCACACCAGAGCCUUUAUCUAAUGUCAUGGCUGCUGCUCCAGAGUCUCCAGCCGUCAUGGUCGCCGAGCCAGAGCCUCCGGCCACCAUGGAAGUCACAGCCAUCACAGAUGCCACUCCGUUUCCCUGUUGCAUUUGAAGACACCCAGGUGUUUUUAAAGACGUUUGAGACAGCAUCUGCUCCAGCCCUUGAGUUCGCAAUGGAACCUGCUCCACUCAAUGAAUCCACUCCAGAUCCUGCUCCGGUUGGUGAAUUUGUCCCAGAGCUCAGUCCUGUGUUGGAGCUGAGCUGUGAGCUUCCUGCCUGUCCUUUUUUGAACACAGUGAUCCUCAGUGAACUCUCUGCUUACAUCCAUAGAUGGGGAUAAAUACACUAAAAUGUAUUUAAAAUAAAAAUACAAAAUCAUGUGUAGAAACUUAUUUAAAUACAGUAUUUUGUAUUUUGAAAAUACACAAAAUACAUGUGGAAUUGGCCAUCCAGUGCAGGUAUCCCAAAACUGUAUCGGGACCUAUUCUGUAGAUAGAAAGAAACAAACAAACAAACAAACAAACAAACAAACAGUUCAAUGAGUACAACUGCUUAUAACUUUCAUUUGACAUGCCUCUUCACUUCCCCUACCCUGCAGAAAAUACAAAACUACAGACAGAAAAAUAAGCAUUUUUAUUUAUUUAUUUUCUAUUUUAUUUUUAUAUAAGGUUUAUUCAAAUGACAAAGUUUAUCUACAUUUUAAAUUUUAAAAUAAUACAUUUAGAUAGCAUUUAACACUAUUUGUUCAAAUUAAUUAAUUAAUUCAUAAUUUUAUAAAGUUCAAUCCAUCCAUCAUAAAACUACUCCACAUGGCUCUGGGGUGUUAAUGAAGCCCUUAUGUAGUAAAACGAUGUGUUUCUGUAUGAAAAAUAUAGAUUUUAAAAAAUGUAUAAAAUGUAAUCUGCAGCCUCCAUUCACUCAAGCAAGCACGUUUAUAACAAGGAGCUCAAGUGUAUGACAUAGGUGUAGUGGAAGGCCCAAUGUAAGCUCCAGGGAGAGAGUGACGAACGUGGAAGCUCAGAGGAAACAGUUAAAAUUUGCCCAACCAUAUUUGUUUGAAACAGAGGAUACCGUCCACGAACUCCGCAAGGUGGAGGAGGUAGUUAUGUACAUUUAUAAACUGUAGUUAUGCACGUGUAUACACUUAUAUACACAUGGUUUCCCUGUGCUUUAACAAAACUUGGUUCUCGCAAGACUACACUCUUCUCCCUGGAGCUUACAUUUCGCCUUUCCCUAUGUCUACGUCAUAUGCUCAAAUGCCUUGUCAUGAACGCAUCAGCUUGAGCGACCGGAAGCUGGAGAUUACGAUUCAUACAUUUUUAAAAAUCUAUUUUUUUCUUACAAAAAUGCAUAAUUUCACUCCAGAAGGCCUUUAUUAAUACUCAAGCCAUGUGGAGUAGUUUUAUGAUGGAUGGAUGCACUUUUUUUCGACUUGAAAAAAUAGGGGCACCAUUCACUGCCAUUAUACAGCUUGGAAAAGCCCGGACAAUUUUAAACAUAACUGCAAUUGGAUUCAUCUGAAAAAAUCUCUUUAAGUUUUUGGCGGUGAACCAUUUAUCAGUGUCUUCACAAAUUAAUUUUUUGAUAACAGACAGUGAUUAACCUAAUUAAUUUGUCUCUGCAUAAAUAAACAUUUGCAUAGAUAGAUGAACACAAUCAACUGAUUUUGUAAAUGUGAC